UCUCAAGCCAUCGACUGCAUCGUGUUACACUCCCUCGUCCAUCCUGCCAUUCCCGGGUCCAUGUACUAGACACGACAUGAGCGACGGCGACCUCGCCGCUAAGAAAGCCGCGCUCUCCAAGGCCCUCUCGGCCGCCUAUCUCGAGCACCAGAUCGCCGACCUCGAGUCCAAGGUCAACGCCGUCGGCAUCAACGGCGAUGCGUGCACGCCCGUGACGUCCGCCUGGCCACGCAGUCCAGGGCACGCCAAGCGCCCGGCGCAGACGGCGCACGCUUUCCCUCCGCUGCCGAGUGGCGGGCAGGACCCGCGCUCGCCCGGCCUGGCAGGAGCAGGAGUCCAACAUCGCACAUCGCCGGCGGUUGGUGGUCGUUCCGGCCCACCCCCUCCUCCAGGUUCACCCACCGGGCCCCCUCCAGUUGCAUGCGCGACUCCCCACGCAGCUGCCCAGCCCCGCCCGCCCUCGUCCGCCGGCACGCGUGACCUCGUCGACUCUCACUCUGCGCGUAUCGACGAUUCGGACGAGGACGAGGAUGUGUGGCGCGUCUCUGUGGUCGACGUCUCCGCGCUGAUGUGGGCGCCUCGCGCCGUCCGCUCUCUGCUGCAACGUGGUGGCGAGGUCGUCAUCCCCCUCGACGCAAUACGCACUCUCGACAUGCUCAAGAAGGGAUCCUCCGCCGCGGCGGUGGCGGCCCGCGCCGCCGCCCGCUUCGUCGAGCAUGCGUCGCGUAACCACCGCCCUGUUUCUGCGGAUCCCUCGCUCGCCGUCCAAGCCUGGACGAACUACAAGCGCGGUCGGGGCCUCCGUCUUCAACGUGAGGGCGAAGAGCUCCUCCCGCCGCCUGGGGUUGAAGCUCCGCCGCAAUGGGUGGCGCGCGUGCUCGGCUGCGCGGCGUUCUUCCGCCGCAUCAACCGCGCCGAAGGCGCCGACGAGAUGGCUCCAGCCGUCCUGAUCGCGCACCCGCCUCUAAGCGCCGAAGUGGGCCCGCCGCCUGUCGACGAGCGCCGCACAGCGCCGGAAACGACGACAAACUACGCCGACCGGGCGGAGGGGUACACGCUCUCGCUCGAGGCCGGGCGGUUCGAGCUGGGCCUCGAAGUCCUGCGCGACGAAGAGGGCGAGCACGAGCCGCCGCGCCGGCGCCGCGAGCGGCGGCGUACGAGAACGCGCGGGCGCGGCGGCGGCCCCGAGCCCGAGCAAGUCCGCAUCCUCUUGCGCCGCCCCGAGCCUGAAGAGCCCGACGUCCCCCUGGCCCCGCCGCCGCCGCCUGUUCCCCCACCGCCCGGACCUGGCCCGCCUCCGCACGCACCACAUCCGCCGCACCACUCUCACCACUUCGAGGGGCGCGGGCGCGGGCGCGGACGUGGGCGAGGCAGUCGCGGCCGCGACCGCGGAGGCGGGUUCACGCUGCUGCAGCGCCCUGGCCCGCCGCUCGCGCACCACGUCCACGCCGCUGAGGAGAAGGACAAGCCCGAGCGGCGACAUGCUCGUGAGCGCCGUGGUGGCGGCGGCGGCGUUGUCGGCGGAGGCGGAGGAGCUGGAGGCGGAGGCAGUGGUGUAGGUGGAGGUGGAAAUGGAGGCGGAGGCGGAGGCGGGCCGCGCGAAGGCGGCGAGUUUGGCUGGCGCCGCGCAUAUGCGUCCAACGACGACCCGCCGCCCGCGCCCGCGCCCAAGCCCCGCGUCGUGCUCCUCCAACGCCCGCCGCGCUAGUAUCCUUGACGGAUCAUCGCGCCUGUCCGCACCCCGCACCGCCGCCGCGACAUCGUCCCGACGCCCCGCGUCAAGCCCUCCCGAGCGAGUGACGAGUCUGCGUGCCUGCUAUGCAUUGUUGUUCGCGGAGCGG